AUGGCUACCGAAACAUUGCCCUCGUCGGCGACGGCAACGCCCAAAAUGUCUCGCUAUAGGAGUGUGAGGCGUGCGCAAGAACAGCACACACGGCAACCAGGUCAAGAAUACCAGGACCACACUUCGCCAGCCGUACCAGCAGUCCCUGCGAUGCCUCCAAUGCCUCCAAUGCCUCCAAUGCCUGUUGUGCCCGAAUCGCAGCCUCAAAAUGAUGCGUCCAUUAGCAGAAGCAUGAGUCGCUACCACCGCCGGCCGACUACCUCGCACGCGACCAGCCCGAAUCCCCCACCACUACGUUCGAAUACGAUCCCCAAUGCUCCACCUCCCCUUCUCACCCAGCUGCCGCCUUCCACAUCCCGGAACCGUGCCUUGAGCUCCCCGUAUCAGUCGUCGCAUGCCGCAAAUACCGGCCAGCGUCGCCCAAGAACCGCUAGGACGCGCGCAGAAGCCUCACCCCCGGUGUCCAAUGCGCCACAACAACAGUCACUCAGGGGCGAUGACAGCGCGCGAGAGGUCCUGCAGAGAGAGAAGGAGAGACAGCGACAGUUGAAGGAAAAGUAUGAAGCAGAGGCGCGCUCACAGAGGCAGGCCAAGCUGGCCGAGCUGGACAGAAUUGAAAAGCAGCGCCAAGGAGAGCAGGAGGCUACGCGACUAGAGGCUCAGCGAGAGAUGGAAGAAGCUGAGGCACUACGUCGGCAGCGAGAGGAACAAAAGGCCGAGCAGGAACGUGGCAGGCGGUUACAGAAGGUUGAAAUCCAGAAGGUGCUCCAACAAAGGGAGGAGGGUGUUCGCAAGGCAAAACAAGAAGAGAAAGAGCGACAGGCGACACUUGCAAAGCUUGAGCAAAAGGCCCGAAAGGCUCCCUCGUCGUCCCCUCCAGUGUCACCACCGCGGCAGCAGGAGGUAGGAUUUGGCAUGUUCAAGAGGAGAAAAGACGAGGCCCUGGGUUUAGAUGCUCCUGUACAAAAAUCAACUCCACCGCAGCUGAGUCUCAACUUCGAUCCCCAGGAGGAGGAGACUAUUAGGCCUGGCGGAGGUGGCGUUGUUCUUGGCAUUGAUGCUCCUACAUCUGCCGUGAAUGCUGGCGACAGGCGCGUCAAAGUCGUGUGCAAUGAGAAGCGUAUCCUGCUUCCUGUGACUCCAACCACCACCCCUCUCGAUCUCAUCAAGUCAGCGGCCACUGUACUCACAGACCCCAUUGACGUGCGCACCGCCGUUAUCUGCGAGUUCUUCACCAAAGUCAACAUCACACGCCCCCUUCGCAAUUACGAGUAUGUAAGGGACGUCAUGAACUCGUGGGAUUACGAUAAUCAAAACGAGCUUACCAUUAUUGAUUCUGACGUCGAUGGGAUCAAUCAGGACAGUUUGCUCUCCUACAAAGUCCCAGAUACUAGACCAGAGGGUGCGUCGUGCUUUAUCCAAUACUCCUCGAGACCUGGCAAGUGGAGUAAGCGAUUUCUCGUCCUUCGUCCGGAUGGGCAGCUAGUCAUGGCCAAGAACGAGAAGACGAAGGAAAAGGACCAGGAAAACAUCUGCACUCUCACAGACUACGAUAUCUACUCGGUGACGCAAUCGAAGCUAGCGCGGGUUAAGCCUCCCAAGAAGAUUUGCUACGCUGUUAAAAGUAUGCAGAAGUCCAACAUCUUCGCGGACGAAUCGCAGUAUGUUCACUUCUUUUGUACCAACGACCGGAACACAGCGAACACGUUCUAUACGGCGCUGCAAACUUGGCGCAGUUGGUAUCUCAAACACCAGAAGGGCGAGGGACUGAAGAAGAAAACCACCGCGCAACGCAAUGUAUCAGGGAACGCUGGGGCUACACAGGCGUCCUCUCACACGAGGGGCGAAUCGGUUGGAUCACAUUACCAACUUGGCGCAUUCUCAUCAUUACUUGACAUGGACAGUUUCAACAAGACACUAGACGAGAUUGAGGUCCACAAGCCAGGGGAAUUCCCAGACGAUAAGCCUCUCUCGAAGCUCGACAGUAGCGCGAUGCACGCGAGGAUGAAGUCGAUACGAGUAAAGCGACCACCCCCAAUUGCCUACAACAAGAACGGUAUGGUCGCAGAAAUUGCACCACCGCCCACUGCUCGGCGUCGGAGUAUUGAUCAGCAGGGCGAGGAAGCAUUUGCCUCUAGCGGUCUCCUCGGUCGUAGCUACACACAACGUCAGGCUGCUUUACAGACACGUGAACAGUCGGGUCCGUUCACCGAAGGACCGUCUUUACUGAACAGCAUGGGUCGUAUAGCCCAAGUAUCGUCAAACGACUCCGGCCUCAAGCGCAAUACCUCAGUCCGCAGCAACCAUCACCGGAGAACAUCCAGUGAUCUCCAACGCAGUGCUUCGAAACGUGUUCCCGGCAUGCCCGAGCCUCUGGUUGAUCUGACACCUCAGUACAAACCACCGCCACAGCAUCUCAACAAGGGCAAAGGCUACAACCCAGGAGCUAGCGCAGGACCUUUGGUCGAAAGUGCAACUUCAAUUGAGGAAGCAAUCAAAGUUCCCUCAUCAACAGACUGGCGCGCUGGUCGUCCAGGUACAUCGCGCGCCGCCCAUGGUACCUACGGUGCUGGUGGCCACGAACGUACGCGUUCGCUCAAGGGUCGUGGUGAGCCCUUGGCAGCAUAUACACAAAACAAUCAUCUCGGUGCUCCAGAAGAUGACAGCAGGGCGUUUACGGGAGGCGGUUUGCUAUCUCAAGCUGGCUAUUCACAGGGAAAAGACACAGUGGGUAGGGGCGUUAUGGACGGUAGUAGGGCUAGGGGCCCGAUGGUAAACCUCUCAUUAAACAACGAGUUCGCACAAGGCAGCUUGCUGAGUGCGCUGCCUAACGCUGCUCCUGUCAUUGAUCGGAGUGGUAAGUAG